GCAUGGCUGUCAGUAUAAAUUUGAAGCUUGAACGAUGCGCUUCCUCUCGUCACAUUGGUUUUUUUUGUUUGUGCAUUUUGACGAAAAUGAUAUCGUGUGUGAUUUUGUGUGUUAUAAAUUAUGGAAACCCUUGGGUGCAGUGACCUGAUAUCUGCCUUGUUACGCAAGGAGUGGAAUUAUAAGUUGAGUUGAUAACGACCCUACAGCAUGACGUCUCGGUUAGAUCGUCUGUUCGUCCUCCUGGAGGCGGGCGCUGGACCGGCGACCCGUCGCGCAGCAGCCAGGCAACUGGGUGAGGUGCAGAAGGCCCACCCUGAAGAACUGCACCGGCUGCUCGGCAGGCUUAUGACGCAUCUGCGCUCGCCAGCCUGGGAGACAAGAGUAGCAGCCUCACAGGCAGUGGAGUCGAUCCUCGCGAACGUACCAGAAUGGCACCCAACACCGUUCACGGGCAAGAAAGAAGAGAAGGAGAAGACCGAGCCGGAGGACAAUGGCCGGCUGCGGUGCGAGACGUUCGACAUCGAGCGCGUGCUGCAGCAUGGGGCGCACCUCAUGGGCUCCGAGGGACACGAGUAUGAUAUGGACGAGGAGACGCUCAAUGCUGCAGAUUCGAAGGAGCGUCUGGCGAAACAGCGGCAACAGUUGAACGCCCGCCUGGGCCUCGACGUGGCCGCCAACCUCGGUGUCGACAUCAGCUCCAUGUACACUAACGAGGACCUGUGUCCUACUAAACCCGCUGCAAAUACAAAUAAGACUGAAAUCUGUAGGAGACCAGUACAAGAAAUAGUAACGUCCUCAAAACCAUUAAGUUCUCGGGAGAUGAACCUGGCGAAACGUAAGGCGCGGCUCGCAUUCAGCAAACAGAAGUCUCGCGACUGCAGCGAGGAUGGUCCGUCCGCGCCGCCCACGCCACCUGUCGAGCCAGACAGGAAGAAGAUCAAGUUAGAACAACCUGAUGAAUUUGUAUUUGAAGCUACGGCUCCGGUACCAGAUUGCUCCGGCUCCUGGGUAGAUUGUACCCGAUGGCCACUGGAGGCGUGGGCGGGAGCACUGCAGGCGCAGCUGUUCAGUGCGGCGUGGGAGGCGCGACAUGGCGCCGCCAGCGCGCUGCGAGAGCUACUCAGAGCGAAGAUCGUCAGCUCCGCGGGACAGGACAUUAACAUGACCAGUGAGGAAAUGGAGCAAGCACAUCAAGAGUGGCUAGAGGACAUGGCACUCAGGCUGCUGUGUGUUCUCGCAUUAGAUCGAUUCGGAGACUUCGUUUCUGAUCAGGUGGUGGCCCCAGUCCGCGAGACGUGUGCCCAGACACUGGGCGUGGCGCUGGCCCAGCUGGGCGCGGCGCGCGUACGUAAGGUCGCAGCACUAUUGGCCUCACUGUCUGCGCACGCGCAGUGGGAGGCCAGGCAUGGCGCACUGCUCGGGUUCAAGUACCUGCUGGCUGCUAGACAGGAAGUAGCAUGCGAGAGUGGUGCCUUAGAACAUCUAAUCCAAGGUCUGGGAGACUCGGCAGAAGAUGUAUCGGCAGUGGCGGCCGGAGCCCUGGCCCCUGCCGCCGCCGCGCUGGGCAGGCGACGCGCGGGGGCCGUGAAGGCAGUCGUCGCCAGGCUGUGGAGACUGUUGGCUGACCAAGAUGAUCUAGCAUCACCUGCCAACUCGUAUAUGGCAUUGUUAGCCGCUUUAAUGGCUUUGCCGGAGCCUGCUAGUAUGUUGCAUCCUAUCGACUUAGCAGACGUACUACCCCGACUAUGGCCAUACCUGGACCACUCAACGAGCUCGGUCCGCAAGGCCACGCUACAAACUCUGCGGACGUUGACCCGGCCUCUAGUCACGAACCAGCCCAAGAACGGGACGGACUCAAACGGCAACAGUGACGUCACCAACGGCAACAAUGACGACACGAACGGCGAACAAGAACAGUACUUGAACUGGACGCCCGAGUUGCUGCAGGAAGCGAUGCGGCAUAUAUACCAGCGGGUGCUGUUUGAACAUGUCCAUGAGAUACAGGAGAUUGCUGUGCAGGUGUGGGAGAACUUCCUGAAGUACGCGUCGCUGGGCGUGAUCCUGCUGGCGGCGUGCCCCAUGCUGGCGACGUGGCUGUGCCUGGCCAUGCAGCCCGCGCGCCUGCCCGUCGAGCCCGCGCUGCUGCUGCAUCCGCCGCCCAGGGAGCGGCGCGCGCGUACCAACUCCCAGUCGGAAGGCGGCGCGGGCGUGGAGCCCCGGCCGUGCCACAAGUGGUACGUGGGCGGCUCCGAGUCGCAGACCUGCGCCGCGCGGGACAGGAACGUCAUGCGGGCGCGCUGUCUGGCCGCGCAUAUAUUGGGUUACCUAUCCUGCUAUCUGGUUCAACCUGCACCUGGUAUAGAGUACAAAGCUGAAGAUGAGAGCCCCAUAGACUGUUAUGUUAAGGUGAUGGUAGUGUACCUGCGGUCGGGCAGCGCGCUGCAGCGCCUGGUGGGCAGCCUGGUGGUGUCGAGCUGGGCGCGACACUCCAGGGACCUCACCAUGUACCCGCCCGCACUCGCCGCGCUUACCGCGUCCAAUGGGGAUUCCGGAACUAAGGAAGAUCAGACCGACAGUAAACAAAGUAAUGAAGAAGACAGUCCAAUAUCGAAGCUAGCGCCCCCACUGCUCGCCAGCACGUUACACACCGCGCUCAACCAGGCUCUCUACUACGAUGAAGUCGCGCUCAACUGUAAUAGAAUACUACAAGAGGCUCGUGAUUUACACGCAAUGAUGAAGCAUUACAAACUACCUGUUGAUGGAGAAGAAUUGAGCAACAUCUUGAGGCUAGAACAGGUAGCCUACCUGACGACGAUGUCGCAGCCGCUGGUGGCCGCAAUGAAGCUGAAGCGAGUCGCGCAGACAUUGGAAGACAGGCGCAAGAACUUGCAGUCUGCCGUCAAUCUCUGCACUAUUGAACAGGCGUCGCUUAAUGUCUCUGUGCAAGCGGCGUUAGCGGGGGCAUGUGCGAACCUGCACUUGUUACCAGAGAAACUGAACCCAGUGGUCCGGCCACUGAUGGAGAGCAUCAAGAAGGAACCCUCCGAGGAAUUGCAGCAGAACUCUGCUGACACCCUCGCCGUGUUACUGUCACAGCUUGUGCACAGAGACCCUUGUCCCAACAACAAGGUGCUCGUCAAUCUCAAGGCGUUUCUCAGAUGUGACCCAGAGUACACGCCGCGGAUAUCGUUAGAGAAUACAGAGGAGACUAAUGGCGACUCGGGGAGCGGGGACAGCGGACCCGAGGGGAGAGGGGAACAGACGCCCAAUGUACCAGCCUUGGACGCGCACGCGGGCAUAGUGACGCUGUGGGAGCAGCAGGCGCGGGCGGAGCGCUGCGCCCCGCGCCGCGGACGACCGCCCGCCGCCGCCGUGGAUCUCACGCCGCCGCACGAGGACGAGGCUCGAAAAUUAUUAAGGAUACAAAGACGAGGGGCGACGCUAGCCCUAACUAGUUUAGCGACAUACUUCGGUGAAGAGUUGCCAGAGAAACUGCCCAAACUGUGGGAGUUUAUUACUGAACCACUCGAAAAGGUUAUGACCGAUAGUGAGCUAGAAGCACAGGAGAGUUCAGCGGCGGAGGAAAUAAUCAGCCGCCUGCAAGUGCUAGAGUGCGUGUGCGGGUCGCUGUCGCUGGGCCUGCGCGCGCGCAUCUCGCAGGGCGCCGUGGCGAUGGCGCGGCUGGCGCGGGCGCAGUACACGGCGCUGCGACACAUGGCGGCGCGCGCGCUCGCCGCGCUCUGUCGCGCGCACUACGCCGGCGCCAUGCAGGCACUCAUACACGAGGUUAUCCCAGCACUGAGCGACGUACGCAGUGACUACGUACGGUGCGGUGCGGCGGAAACAUUGGCUCGAGUCGUGGACGCGCUGCAAUUGCAGAUUGUACCGUACAUCGUGCUACUAGUCGUACCUUUGUUAGGUCGCAUGAGUGAUCACUGCGAGGCAGUGCGCAUAAUGUCGACGCGUUGCUUCGCGUCCCUGAUCCAGUUGAUGCCGCUGGACGGCGCCGUGUCGGAGCCGCCCGACCUGACGCCGGACCUCAAGGCGCGGCGCCGCCACGACAAACAGUUCCUCGAGCAACUCUUCAACCCCAAGUCCAUUAAAGAUUACAAGAUACCUGUCCCUGUGUCCGCUGAAUUGAGAUCGUAUCAACAAGCGGGCGUGAACUGGCUCCGGUUCCUGUACUCGUACAAGCUGCACGGCGUGCUGUGCGACGACAUGGGGCUGGGCAAGACGCUGCAGUCCAUCGUGGUGGUGGCCUCCUCGCACUGGGAGCGCGCCGCGCACCGACUGCCGCCGCUGCCCUCGCUCGUCGUCUGCCCGCCUACACUCACCGGUCACUGGGUGUUCGAAGUGAACAAGUUCAUACCGUCAAAGUUCCUGAAGCCUCUCCAAUACGUGGGCAUUCCUUACGAACGCGAGCGGCUACGGCAUCACGUCAAACAUUAUAACUUCAUCGUCGCCUCGUAUGACAUCGUGAGGAAAGACAUCGACUUCUUCAGUAGUAUCAAGUGGAAUUACUGCAUUCUGGACGAAGGACACGUCAUCAAGAAUGGAAAGACUAAAGUAUUCAAAGCAAUCAAACAAAUCGUCGCCAACCACAGGUUGAUUCUGUCGGGUACUCCUAUACAGAACAACGUGUUGGAGCUAUGGUCGUUAUUCGACUUCUUAAUGCCUGGCUUGCUGGGCACAGAGCGGCAGUUUACUGCGCGUUACUCGCGUCCCAUCCUCGCUGCGAGAGACGCUAAGGCAACACCGCAUCAGUUGCAGGCCGGGGCGCUAGCCUGUGAGGCUUUGCAUCGACAGGUACUACCAUUCCUACUGCGUCGUGUGAAGGAGGACGUGCUGAAGGAGCUACCUCCGAAGAUCACUCAGGACUACUACUGCGAACUUAGUCCGCUACAGCGACGACUCUACGAGGACCUGUCCAAGGAACACAUGCCGCAAGGCAUUACCUCGCAUCAUACACACGUGUUCCAGGCGCUACACUACCUACAGAAUGUAUGCAACCACCCGAAGCUAGUGCUGACGGCGGAGCACCCGGAGGCGCGCGCCAUCGCGGCCCGCCUGCAGGACCAUCACUCCUCGCUCGACGAUAUACACCACGCCGCCAAACUGCCCGCGCUCAAACAAUUACUCUUGGACUGCGGUAUCGGCACCCCGGCGUCUGACGUGGAGCCCGAGGCCGUCGUAUCCCAGCAUCGUGCGCUCGUGUUCUGUCAGCUGAAGAAGAUGUUGGACAUCGUGGAGCAAGACCUACUGAAGCGCCACCUGCCGGCCGUCACCUACCUGCGCCUGGACGGCAGCGUGCCUCCCCACCAGAGGCACGCCAUAGUCACACGGUUCAACAACGAUGUUUCCAUUGAUCUGCUGUUACUCACUACUGCGGUUGGUGGUCUUGGUUUAAAUCUCACUGGCGCUGACACGGUGAUCUUCGUGGAGCACGACUGGAACCCUAUGAAGGACUUGCAAGCCAUGGACCGAGCGCACCGCAUCGGUCAGAAGAAGGUCGUCAAUGUAUACCGUCUCAUCACUAGAGAUACACUCGAAGAAAAGAUUAUGGGAUUACAAAAAUUCAAACUGCUAACUGCGAAUACAGUGAUCAGUAGUGAGAACGCAGCAAUGGAAACGAUGGGCACGGACCAGCUUCUGGACCUGUUCAACCUGUCGAGCAGUAACUGCACGCCGCAGCAGACGUCGCAGCAGUCGGCGGCGGGACCGUCCGGCAUGAAGUCGGUACUCGAGACUCUGCCCGACCUCUGGGACGACAAGCAGUACGAGGAGGAAUAUGACAUGACCAACUUUAUAAAGGGACUCAACAAAAUGAGCACUUAGUUAAAAAGCUGGUUCUCAAUAAGAUCAGACCUUUUUGUGACGAUAUAUUGGAUGUAGUAAGUUGAAGUUUAUUACGCACGGGUAUUUAUUCCCGACUUGCUCGGUGUUAGUCCUUUGUUGGCCUGAACAAAAUGCCUGGAGCAGUUGUUUUUCCUGACGAUUUUCCAAUAUUUUCUUUUAUAAGAACCUUCUCUUGACUAUAACAAAUCAAACGAAAAAAUAAUCAAUGAAAUUGACUGGUUCAGCCGAAAUUGCGAUUCAAUUUUUAAUAUACCGAUCUAAAAUUGGAUCGCCCAUCUCCAAUUUUAAGAAACAAGAUGAUUUUCUACUCAAGCGACUGCAUGCAGUGUGUCGAAAUCGUUAAACUUAUACGAUUAACAAAUAAUGUGAUGAGAUGAUGAUGACAUACAAAAUGCAACUAAAAGGUUGUUGAAAAUGUCUCUAAAUAUUUACUGUUGAAGUUCAUUGAGUAACUUCACAUAUUGAUAGAAUAAAAAAAUAGGAUAAAAUAAAAUUGUUGAUGUAGGUGACCAUGUACAAAUUGUACAAUAUAGGUGAGGAAGCACUGGUAAUAUCUAUGUAUUAUUUCAAAAAUUCUUAAUUUUAAACUCACUUUCAAACCAGUGCGUCCACAUUCCUAGUUAUGGACCUUCCUUCAAAGAGUUUAAAGUUAUUUGGAACUCAGUUCUUUGGAGGUCGGUUGCUAUGUUUGAAGAGGCUGACCCAUUCUAGUAGAUGUAAUGUAGAUGUAGACACAGACAGCUUUAGCAAGUUGCCUUACUUCACGGAUCUUGUAUUUCUUAGUGUGUCGUUCUUAGAUUGUAAAUUCAUCUUACAUUAGCUGUUUCUUGCACACAGUAACAUUUUGACAUACUUUCUAAAGCUUCAUUUUACAAUUGCAACAGUUAGCAAUGAGCUUGGAGAUGCUUGAAAGAGUAUUGUUAACUUAGUAAAUGAUUUUAAUACAUACAGAUUCCAUUUACCCAUUUACCUUUCUGAACUUUCGUCAAUUAUAUAACAUGCUUAUAAUUAAAUUUAAGACACUUUCGUAUUAUAAAUACAAUUUAUAUUAAGGUACAGCUUCCUUCAUUGUUAUAAACGAAUCGUGAAAUAUUCAACAUUAUAUGAUAAGUGUAUGAAUAAUUUACAUGUAAUGCAAAAACUACUAUAGUAAAACCAACUACAUUAGUGUUAACUAUCUUCAUAACUUUCCUGAAGUUCAAAAUAUUGAUUUGUAAGAAUUUGUUUCACCACAUCGUCUAGUUGUUUAGGUAAUAAAUAUAAUAUAUAGCUACUGUAACAUUAGGUGAGCAAACCAAAUUGUUUUAGGUAUAAAAUUAUUGUAAUUGUUACACUGACCAUGCUUAUUGUUAUUAUUAACGUAUUUAUUUACUCAUUACUUACGUAAACAUUGAGUAGUGUGGUUCUGUAAGCUAUUUUCAAAUGCAAGGUUCCUUGUGUAAGAAAUUACCUCAAUGACUUGAUUUUUCUCUACGAUUGAUUAGUUAAUUUAUUUUAGUAGCGUUAUAAGGAACAGUCAUGCUGCUUUAGUCAUUUUUGUAGUUUUAGUUGAGGCGCAAUGUCACGUUUUAUUGUCUAGUUUAUUUAAAUGAUUUUGUUUGCUGUUUUGUACCUGCUCAAUAUGAAACAACAGUAAUGAAAAUGUGUUUGUUUGGCUGGUUUUAAAUUGCAUUUUCAGUGAUUUGAAUAAAUGUUUGCUGACAUAUAAUUAAGAAAUGUAAUGUGUGACAAAGAUAUUGACAUGGUGUGUAACUGUGUAUUUUUCCAUGUGGAAAAAUAUAAUAAUUGUUUGUGUAUAUUAUAUAUUUCAUUUUCUAUGUCAAAUUUAAUGUGUCGACGUAAAUAACGUACCUAAAUGUUGUGUGGUAAUCGCACGUACGUCCAGUCUUUUUGGUAUAGUUAAACUGUUUGUCUACUUGUCUGGAUAAAAAUAAAGCGUUUUUUAAUAA